AUGGAGUGCCCGCACAUAGAGCAAGUUUUCACGAACGAAAAGACCCGAGAUGGUGUUCUGAGAACUUACAACUUGAUUCUCCAGAUCAUCGACAAAUGUGACAUGAAAAAUCGAGUUUUACAUUCGAUGAAAUGCUAUGAAUGUCAGGAGAUCAACGCUGGUGCUACGUUUAUGUGCUUGCAAUGUGGAAUUUGUGGAUGUUGGAAUAAACAGCAUUUUUAUGCGCAUAGUAGAAGCGCAGGACACAUUUUUGGUGUGAACUCGAGUAACGGACUCUUGUUCUGCUUCAAAUGUGGGGAUUAUAUCGGUGGAAGCGAAUUGAUUUGGCAAUCUAGUUUGAUGAAUGAAUGGCCCAGAGUCGCAGCGCAAACGCGGGACCCACCGUUUUGGAAACGUGAUGGACUCUGUGGGCUCGUGAAUAUGGGAUCUACUUGUUUUAUGAGUUGCAUUUUACAAACACUUGCACAUAACCCGUACUUUUCACAACACUGUUUGCAACAGACGCAUUUUGCACAGUGCGAUUUGCAGGACGGUACCAGGUGUAUGUCUUGCGCGUUUGAUCAAGUCAUGUCGAAUUUUUAUGGCACCAGCGGUGCCGACGCCGGCGCCACUGCCAGCGGCCGCGAUCUCGCAUCCCAGCAGCAAGGUUUUAUUAAUCUCUUAAUCUGUUCUUGGAAAAUGAACAAAAGUCUGGCCGGUUAUUCACAACAAGACGCACACGAAUUUUGGCAAUUUUUCCUUAAUCAGCUUCACAACGACCAUACCAGGAUACGGGGCAAAAAAACUGCCUCGAAAUCGAUGGCGAAAUCCGGCUCUUGCGAUUGCAUCGCCCAUACGACUUUCGAAGGUCUUUUAAGAAGCUCUAUCAGGUGUUCUGAAUGUCAAGACGACACGACAACGACUUUCGACCCCAUUUUCGAUCAAUCGCUCGAUAUCAAAAACAAAACCACGUUGGAAGAAUGCUUGGAAAGCUUCCACAAGGGUGAAAAGCUCACAGAUUUUAAUUAUAAGUGCCAAAAAUGUGGUUCACAACAGAGUCCACUUAAAGAAUUAUCCGUUGCACGACUUGCACCAAUACAUGUACUACAAUUGAAAAGAUUUGAGCAUCUUGUCGGCGGUAAUAGCGUAAAGAUUGACGCUUUUGUCAGUUUCCCACAGUAUUUGAAUAUGGGCCGCUUCUGUUAUCGCGAUGGUGUAAAAACCCCCCCUAAUAUGAUUUACGAACUCAUCGGCGUCACCACGCAUGGUGGAUCCGUUAAUCAAGGUCACUACACGAGCAUGUGUAAAAUUCCAGGUGGUCAAUGGUUUAAAUUUAAUGACUCAAUGGUCACUAGCAUUGCAGAAAGCGCGGUUUUGAAGCAGCAAGCAUACCUAUUAUUUUACGUGCUUCGCCCAUCUACAUGA